CGACACCCUUGACGCAUCUUGUGGACCUGCACCGGAAGUGACCGGUGUUGUUGGUCUAGCAGUUUGCGCUAACCGGACCGGGACCGGCAGAACCGACACCAGACUCGAAACAUCAGGAUCCCAUCGGGCCGAACGGAUAGAUCGUGCAUUUCUCCGAAUCUAGCGUUCAUCUGAAGUUACUGGUGAGGGUCAGGAUCGCGGUUGGCGGCGUGACGUGCGCUCCAGAGGCUUUUGUUUGGGGGCGUGGCCUGUUGGCGUCUACCAACUCACGAUUGGUGAACAGGUGCCUAGCCAUCCUGCUGUGGCUCUGCAGGCGUGUAGUGGGCGGAGUCAGGCUCAGGCUGUGAUUGGCUGAGAGUGAUGAGCGGGCGGGGCGGGGCCAGUAGCCGCGAGCGGCGACAUGGCAUGGAUUCGUCGUGCUGGUUCGCUCCUAGCGCCCUGCGGCGACUGGUCGAGCUGCCGGCGCCGGUUCUGUCACGCCACCAGCUGAAGCGUUUAGAGGAGCAUCGCUACAGCAGUUCGGGACGCUCGCUACUCGAACCCAUAAUGCAACGCUACUGGGAGUGGCUCGUCGGCAGAAUGCCACCCUGGAUCGCGCCCAACCUCAUCACCAUCGUCGGCCUGGCGACCAACAUCUUCACAACACUGGUGCUGGUGUAUUACUGCCCGACUGCAACCGAACAGGCUCCUCUCUGGGCGUACCUCCUGUGUGCCGUGGGCCUGUUCGUCUAUCAGUCGCUGGACGCCAUCGACGGGAAACAGGCCAGACGCACCAACAGCAGUUCACCACUGGGGGAGCUGUUCGACCACGGCUGCGACUCGCUCUCCACAGUGUUUGUGGUGUUGGGCACCAGUAUAGCGGUUCAGCUGGGCUCUCACCCCGACUGGAUGUUCUUCUGCUGUUUCUCCGGCAUGUUCAUGUUUUAUUGCGCGCACUGGCAGACCUACGUCUCCGGCACGCUGCGCUUCGGCAUAUUUGAUGUCACAGAACUGCAGAUCUGUCUAGUGUUGUUGCAGAUGUUUACGGCUACGGUUGGGCCCACGUUUUGGAACGAAACGAUUCCCGUCAUUAACAUCCAAAUGAAGAUGAUUCCUCCACUCUGCACGUUUAUCGGCGCCGUUUUCACGUGUACCAAUUACUUCCGAGUCAUAUUUACCGGCGGCGUGGGGAAAAACGGCUCCACCAUAGCGGGUACGAGUGUUUUGUCUCCCGUCCUGCACAUCGGCUCAGUUAUCAUCCUCGCUAUGAUGAUUUAUAAAAAAUCAUCCGUCCUGCUCUUCGAGAAACACCCGUGUGUGUAUAUUCUCGCCUUCGGCUUCGUAUCGGCCAAAAUCACCAAUAAACUAGUGGUGGCUCACAUGACCAAGAGUGAGAUGCAUCUUCACGACGUGGUGUUCCUGGGCCCCGGCCUGUUGUUUCUCGAUCAGUACUUCAACAGCUUCAUCGACGAGUAUCUGGUGUUGUGGAUUUCUCUGAUUCUCUCUCUCUUCGAUCUGGUGCGCUACUGCGUGAGCGUCUGCAACGAGAUCGCGUCUCACCUGCGCAUCUGCGUCUUCAAAAUCAAGCCGAGUGACCUCUGACCUCCCUCAUGCACUUUCAUCCUGCUACUGUUUCUCGUCUGAGACGUAUUUAAAACAUUCUGCACUUAGAAUAAUGCAGCUCUUCAUCGCCAGUGAACGAACGAACAAAUAAAUGAAUGAACGAACUUCACCAAGUCACUUUUCUUUAGAUUAUUAUUUUAAGAAGAUGAAACGUUCGGAUUACCCAUGAUGCAUCGGUGCCGUCUCGUCUGGGUCUGUAUUAACGUUUUAACGCUGCGUUUAAAUUGGAUUAGAUCAAUAAUGAUUUCAUCGCUGCUAAUAAUAAUAAUAAUAAUAAUGAUGAUGAUGAUUCGCUCUCAUUGUUUAUGACUGUAUUUUGUGUUUUUGCACCUCUACGCUCCAGGAACCGUUGCAGGAGGACGUCGCUCCGUUUAGGUGUUUCUCUGAAAGAUGUUUUGUUCAGAUUUCGGCCCCGAAUGAGAGAUUUCACAAAUGCUGUGCCUGCUGGGUGAAUCGCACAGCCAAGGUUUCAGUGUUUCACCCUCACAUUAAAAGAAAGACGGAAGAAAUUAUAUUGUUAAGAGCAUUGGAAAAGUUGCGAAUUACAUUUUCCUUAUAUAAAUGAAUUCCCAUUACUGUAAUACAGUAAUACAAGGAGAAAAAAAAUACUUUUUUUUAAAAUUUUAUAUCACAGUCAGUAUGGAUUAAAUUGAGUACAAUACAUACUGCUAUUAUGUGUACUUGAAAAAUUUACAAUUUAAAUAAAAUGUACCAUUUUUUUCACAGUACAAGUGUAAAUUAUGGAAAAAAAUGGUAAUAUACACCUUUUUUCUUAAAUCAAAAUCUAACUUCGUAUUUAAUUCUUUUGAUUUAGGGGCUAAAACUCGGUAAAACUCUGACCCGGACAGAAAGCGUGAGAUUCACCCCGUUUUACUUUGCUUCAUUCUGCUUUAUGAAGACAUUUGAAUGCACUUGCGUCGUCAGCCUCCUGAAUAAUGAGCUUGAUUUUGACCCUUGCCGUUAAAUUAUUUAAUCUGAGAUUGAAUGUUGAAGAUGUUAAUAUUCAAGACGUUGGUUUGUAUGAUAAUUCAUCACUAACGUUCAUUGCUGAAGAUGUAUAAACCCAAAGUCGUGUCCGAAAAUUAAUCGAUCUGUUAAUCACUCGUUGGUUUUUACUUUUGAAUGUUUCACAUAACAGUUGCCUUAAAUAUUAUGAAUUGGAAAAGUUUUGAACUUUGCAUGUUGAUCUGGUUGUUUUCCUCAAAUCUUUAUUUCUAAAUGUCCCUCUCAGGCGAAUAAUAUGAAUAAAAAUAAAUAAUAAAUCGUAGUUUGUAGAAACAGCUCGAUGCUGCCACCCCGAAAACAAAAGUUGAAAUUACUUUUGUGAGAUGUCCUGAGUUUGUGCAAUUGAUGUUAUUAAUGUUCAAAUGAAUGAUCUUUUAUUUGCAGAUGAUUAAAGUCUAAUAUUUGAGGAAUUGAUUUAGUUACGAGCGCCUGCUGCUGAUAUCGUUGAUUCUUACAGUUCCAGUAAGGGAUUAAAUAUGUUUGCGUUUCUGGAUUCAUCUCUUGCAGUAUGAUACUUUCUUCACACUUAUUCAUAAGCUUUGAUUCUGUCGCUUGUUGCCAAAUCCUUUCACUUUAAACGGGACAACAGAUUUAAGCUCUCAUUAAAUCUUGCAGAUGGAAACGUCCAAUGUUAUUUCUGUUUGUUUGUUUCUCUGAAGACAUACUCAGUGUUAUUAGUUAUGUAAAUCGCCUGUUUCUGACUAACUGUUGAUUUGAUUGUAACAUUGCUCUGAUUUUUGAAUAAACGCUCCUGUAAAAUAAAGAUUGCUAUAUUUAUGAUA